AUGGGUAAAGGCAAGCCUAGAGGAUUGCAGGCCGCUCGCAAGCUGCGCACCAGCCGUCGUGAUAACCGUUGGGCUGAUCUGUCUUACAAGAAGCGCCUGCUGGGCACCGCUUUCAAGUCGUCGCCUUUCGGUGGCUCUUCCCACGCCAAGGGUAUUGUGCUCGAGAAGGUCGGUAUUGAGGCCAAGCAGCCCAACUCCGCUAUCCGCAAGUGUGUCCGUGUCCAGCUCAUCAAGAACGGCAAGCGUGUCACCGCUUUCGUCCCUAACGAUGGUUGCUUGAACUACGUUGACCAGAACGACGAGGUCCUGCUCGCUGGUUUCGGUCGUAAGGGUAAGGCUAAGGGUGAUAUCCCCGGUGUUCGUUUCAAGGUCGUUAAGGUCUCCGGUGUCUCCCUGCUCGCUCUCUACAAGGAGAAGAAGGAGAAGCCCCGUACUUAA